ACAAAGCAGCGCGAGCGGCUCUGUGUUCAAAAGAACAGUGAAACGAGAUAGACAGGAUCUCCAAGGAAGUGCAAACGAUGCACACCAAAGCAGCAAGCAUCUAUUACUUGACAACCAACCACCAGCGCUAAAGAAGAAGAUAAACCUCCUUAACAACCAAAACAGGAUUUUACUACCUAAAAUAUUAUUCGACAGACAGAUAAUAAAUGCAGUCUUAUGAAAAAGAAAGUUAGAGCUUUUGAGAUAACUCUGACGCUUUUCUUAAGGUAAGCUUGACCAGGCUGCAGCUAAACGUCCAAGCUAGGCAAUAAUACAUCGCAACAAUCGGACUUGCGCGGCGGUCAAACUCACCUGACUUAUGGACUGAAUUUACCUCCAGCAAAGGUCAUGAUCAACAUAACAUGUGAAAAUACUACCAGGAUACACGCCGAUGGAAACCCAGUGGUUAGCACCCUGAUGUUCAUUGCUGGCGUGUUGGGAAACCUAGUAGCGCUGGGGAUCCUGGGCGUCCAUAUAAAAGAGUACCGCACCAAGUCUUCAGUGUUUUGUAUUUUAGUGACUGGUCUGGCCAUCACCGACCUGUUGGGAACGUGUUUUCUGAGCCCCGUUGUCUUCAUCUCCUAUGCCCGCAAUGCCUCUCUCCUGGGUCUGGUGGGCAGUCACAGGUUGUGUGAUUUCUUCGCGUUUGCAAUGACAUUUUUCGGAUUGGCUUCCAUGCUCAUUCUCUUUGCCAUGUCCGUUGAAAGGUGCUUGGCCAUCAGCUACCCUUAUUUCUACUCGAAACACAUCGGGAAAAGUUUUGCUAAAGUGCUUCUGCCCGUCAUCUACAUUUUUUGCAGCGUGUUUUGUUCCCUGCCCUUCUUCGCUUUCGGGGAGCACAAGCAGUACUGUCCCGGGACUUGGUGUUUUAUCGAGAUGGAAUCAGACAGGCCGACGAUUGUGGCGUUCUCGUUGUCCUAUGCGACCCUCAUGGCGGUUUUGAUUCUGGUCAUAAUCAUCUGCAACGGCUCGGUUAUCGUGAGUCUCUGCAAGAUGUACAGGAACCAGAGGACUAGAAGGGGGUCGGUGACUUCAUCCCACCGCAGAAGGACAACUUUCUUUGGUCAGGGUGAAGAAGAAGUUGACCAUCUCAUCCUGCUGGCUUCAAUGACUACGAUAUUUGUCAUCUGUUCUCUGCCCCUCACGAUCCGUGGGUUUAUCAGUGCGAUUUCUCCGGACGGCAAUGAUCACGAGGACCUGCUGGCGUUCCGCUUCUCCGCCAUGAAUCCCAUCGUGGAUCCCUGGAUCUUCAUCAUUUUCCGGAAAACUGUGUUCCGCAACGUCGGCUCCCUGCUGUGCUGCCGUUUCUCCACGCCGUCGCUCAAAAGCAACACAUACCAGGAUCACAGGAAGCUGCAGUCCAUUCCCUGCAACGAGCAGAACUACAGCAGCCUGCAAGUAGCCCCACACUGAGUGAGGCUGCUGCCAGACAAAACAGACAAGAAACUCCUGGGGUGUGCAGAAAUCCUGAAAACUGCUGGCUGAAAUUGCGUCCCCCUUUAUGUUUGCAGGGUCAAGCCUUGCUGCAGAAAACGUCCCGCUAGUCCGUAGCUACUGUUCAGCAGAACUCUGAAGCUUUUGAGUUGCUAAUACGCUAGGUAAAAUACCAAGUGAUGUUGUAUGAAACAUAUCCAUGUUUGUGGCUAGGUUUUUUUCCACUGUUGCUUCAAAUAUGAUGCACAGAGUGCCACCUGGGAAUUCACUACAGCACGCAUUUUUCUGUUAAUCUUUUGUGCUCAUGACAAAUAACAGAAAACAAAACAAAUACAUGUUCAGUGUCAUGGGGACAAGUCAUGGGGACAAGUUUUGACACAUAAAGACCUACUGAACUUGCAGUAUAUGGAAAACAAGAUAUCGAUUCAGCCACCAACUUGGUAUUCAAUUGUCUGGUUUUGGUCACCAACCCUGACAUAACUGUUUAGUAACUAAACAUCAUGUGCGACUGUCUAUUCUCGCAGUUUAAACUCUGGUGUUUGAGGGGAUACUUAGGGUCUGACAUGGUUUUAAGGUAAAAUUAUAGGAAGUCAAGCAGACCAACAUUUCAGCUAACCUUUUCAGUGUAAUGGUUUCACGACAAAUGCCCAGCCAAUGCUGUUCUUGGUAUUGGUUGAUAUUGUUUAUAUAUGACAAGUGGGCUGGUUUGUUACACACACUGACAUGCUAGUCUACUGGCAGUUUAAUUUAAGAAUAUUAUAUUAUGGUUUAUAAAAUAUUGGUCCAAAUAAAUGUCUCCUUCACAACUUUCCACUCUAAAUCUGACCAAAGGAGUAUUUUGAAUUGAAAAAUGGUCUGGACACAAAUCAAUGUUGAAUAAUGUAGUCAUACCUAACAGUGCAGUAGACUCCUACCCUUUUAGACAAACCCAAACAUGGGCAUCUAUUAAUGGCAUUCCUGUUAGUAGCCUUGUCAUGGAAACUAUUUCUGUUCAUUACGCUAGUUAUAGUUUACCACAGGAUUCACUAGCUUGAAUUUAAAACCAAAUCAUUUAUAGAAAAUGCAGUCCUGUUUUUACCCUCCAUUCAUUAUUUUGUUAUUGUAGUUUUGCUAUUGUGCUUUAAUACAGUCACGUUUGGGAUCACUGGGUGUGUCGGUAACAUUGUAAACUAUUGCUGAUUCACCUUUUUUUGGACUACACUGCUUACUGAACAGUAUAGUAAAGAUCUACCAGUACUGGCCAAGAGUACUGUGUUAAGAUGCCCAUGCUAACAAUGCAGUGGUCAAGUCGCUUAUCCCUGGAAUGAUCUCAAUUAUGAUUUCCGUUAUAACUUGGCUUUUUUGUUUUUUAAAUAAACACGAAGUGUAACCAGGUCUAUAGAUCAAUGAUAGUAAUCCACCAGGACUGUUUUCAAUACAAACCUGAUUUCAAAAGCACCUUCAUUUGAUCGGUCAGUCCUAGCACUUGGGUGUGUUAUUGGCUGUUUCGUUCUUAACGUCUUUAUGUGGUAUCUUACGUGAGACAAUCACAGCAGUGAUAAUAAGCUCUUCUGAGUCAUACUUCCAAACCCUCACAGUUCGACCACCUGGAAGAAGAUAAAACAACUUUCCAUGGAGUCAAAUGCAGCUUCCGGAUUUAAUGUUUCUUCUUGAGGAAACAAUGCAUGCAAGAUGCUGAGGAACUCAAAAGCUAUCACAUUCGGAUAAUGUUUGUAUUAAAAAACAUGC